AUGAAAUACAAAUACAUAGUGCGUAAACAGUUGGGAAGUUCGUUUAAAUUGUCCUUAUAGGUGGGAAAUCCGGAAAUGUAUCUUAUUAGAGAACAAAUUGUUAUUCAGAACGUGAAACUAUUUAUCUUUUGGCAAUAUGAAGGAUCUGGACGCUUCCUUGGACACUUUGGAAAAUGCCCGAUUCAACUACUUGUAUGCGAAGGCCAUAACUAAGUUGCGAAAGGACUCAAUCUUCACGGACAACGAGCUAGUGAGCAUCGUGAUGCUCUACCACAAGUUUGUCCUGGUCAAUGGACCAAGGGCUAAGUACAUGACCGUGGCGCAACUUACCAUGCUAAUGGAGCUUAUGUUUGAGAUCAUGGAUCGCGAACUUAGUGCGAGCAUUGUGUCUAGAAUAGCCCACACUCCAGGCUCCAGAUCAUCGGAUUUCAUUCCCGAAAAACAUAUUCAUCUGGAGUCCUUUGUAAGGUUGCUUACCGUUUACUUUACUAAAGACCUUCAGAUGAAGAUGGAGUUUGCCUUCUCGAUCUACGAUAAGAGCGAUUCCAGGCAGUUAAAUGGCAAGGAAGUCGGGAUCUUUGUUGGCAAAUUUUUCGAGACCGAGGACGAAGACGAAACAGCUGAGUUGCGAAUGGACAUGAAGGAAAUGCUCUUUAUGAAAUUCGACUUGGACAAGGAUACCAACAUUGGGGUAGAGGAAUAUUACACAGUUGUCCGUCGACAGCCCAUGUUGCUUGAGUGCUUUGGCCGUGUAUUUCCCCCCAAUCCUCAGAUGGAUGUCCUAGCCCUUUGUACAAAUGUGAUGUCCUGGUUUGAUGACUCACCCAAUCCUAGGAUUAUGACAAAGUCAGAUACAGAGAAGGCACUUAGUUACCAGGAAGCGCGGAAAACGAACUCAUAAGUUAUAAAAUUUUGGGUAUAAUAAUA